AUGGCUGACUUUUUUACUUGUAUAGAGUUUGCAAAAACGCAUCUUAAUUUCAAGCACGAGUUGAAGGAAAAACAGGUACAGACGCUCCAGAAUCUCUAUGAGGGACGUGAUGUUAUAAGUGUGCUUCCUACUGGUUACGGAAAAAGUAUUAUUUUUCAGUUAUUGCCAUGGUUGUUCCAGCGAAAAUAUGACUCCUCUACACCAUGCAUAGUAUUAGUCAUUUGCCCCUUAAACAGUAUCAUGGAGGACCAAGUGAUGGGGUUAAGGGAAAGGGGGAUAUCAGCGUGUUAUAUCUCUGGAUCCGUUGGCAAGACAUUUAUGACGAAGGCUGGGUUUGACUAUGACAGUUCCGAGGACGAAGACGAAUCAGCAUGGACAAUAAAAGACGUCUCAUUCAAAGACAUAUCCGACGGGAAAUAUAAUAUAAUAUAUGCCCACCCAGAAUCUGCCCUCUGCAAGAAGAUGUACUCUGUCUUCAGAUCAGCCCUAUAUCAAACCAAGAUAUGUUGUGUAGUUAUAGAUGAAGUCCACAUGGUCUCAGAAUG